AUGUAUUACCGAUCAUUGCUUUCAAUUUCUCGAUUUACUGUAAAUUCUUCUAAUAUUGCAAGUCGAUGUUUAGUAGCAUCAUUCAAUGAUCAAUUGAUAUAUACAUCUCAACAACAUAAUCGUUACUUAACGCAAAGUACAUCAAAUCAACGACCACCUGGUCGUCUACGUCGAUUUUUUCGUUGGUUCAAAAGCGACCCUAAACCAACAGAUUUUACGACACCAAUAACUCCACCUCCAGCACCAUUAAGGACUAUGCAACGAGUAAAACGUUUUCUCGCCAUUGCUCCAAAAAUAGAACGUUUUUUUCUUCGUUCACAUAUUAUUGAAGAUGAAGAUUUAGCUGGAUUAUUAUCAAAAACAGCUACUGUAACAAUCUAUGCAUUUAUUGGUGUCACUACACUUGGAACAUUUGGUGUUGAUACUAAACCAUUAUUAGCUGGUAUUGGUAUAACAGGUUUUACAAUUGGUUUUGCUCUUAAAGAAGUAGCAACGAAUUUUAUAUCAGGUAUUUUUCUUGUUAUUAAUAAACCAUUUGUUCGAGGAUGUCGAAUUAAAAUUCAUGGAAGUGGCGGUGGAAUUGAAGGUCUCGUCCAUUUUAUCGACAUUCGAUAUGUACAUUUAAAAACGAAAGAUCGUGGUAUUGUAAUGAUUCCAUCUGCAAUUGUUUAUACAAAUGCGUUUACUGUUUUUCCAGCCGAUGAUGAAGCUAAUGCAGGUUUUCUUGAUAUGACUAAACCGCCAAUGAAUGACCCUACCAAGCCUCCUCAACCAUUGUCAUCAUCAACAUCUAACACUGCUACGAUAAAAGAAAAACAAUUAAAGAUGAAUUUUGAUGCAGAACCAGUGGGAUCAUUUAAAAAAAGCAAUGUUUAA